GGCCACAUGAUAACCUGGGUAGAAAUCGCAGCUGUGUGCCGUUGCACAGCGUUUCUCUGGAGGGAAGCUGGGGAGGCUUUGGUGGCUUGUGGGGAGACCUUUAAAACUUUGAUAUAACCGGGAAAAUCACAAAGUUGGAGUUUGAGACCCUAGUGGACUGUCAGGAAAUACUGCGGGAACCUUUCGCUGAACCUCUAAAACCCGUCCCAAGAUGACGGAAGUUGUGGAGGAAUAUGAGGAGUAUGAGGAGUAUGAGGAGUUUGAGGAGGAGGAGAUCCUGGACGAGAUUACAACGACGACUGUCACUGAGCACAAGAGUUCUCAGCUCUUGCAGGCCGGGUUGCCCACCAGGAAAGUCAGGAAGAAGGUCAAGGUGGAUACCUCCAAGUUCAUGACUCCUUACCUGGCUCACAGCCAGAAGAUGCUGGAGCAGUACAGCCACAACAAGUACCGGCACGCUUAUGACAUGUCCAGAGGGAAACCUCCUGCCUUCAUCUCUGAUACUCCUGAAAUGGUUCGCAUCAGGAAGGCCCAGGAACAGCUGAGCGAGGUUAAAUACCGCAUGGAGGGGAUUAAGGCUCGGACAACAAGCUUGUAUGAUGGUGAGGCCAAAGAGGUCCUCCACGUCAAGCGUGUAUCUGAACUGAUGAGCAAGGUUCUGUACCGACAGAAGUGGGAUGAGACGAAGGACCGGUACCUGCUGCCUCCUGAUGCUCCUGAGCUGGUCCUGGCUGUGAAGAAUGCUGCUAACUACAGCAAAAAACGUUACGCGGAGGACUGGAAUGAAGAGAAGACCAUGUUCUACCCGUACAGCGACAGCCCCGAGCUGCGCAGGGUGGCCAAGGCUCAGGAGGUCCUCAGUGACAUUGUCUACAAGAAGGGUCAUGAUGAGCGCAAGGCUAAGUUCACCUCGUUGGCUGAUCCUCCUGAAGUGGAGCUGGCCCGGAGAGUGGCCAACCAGCGCAGUGAUCUUAAAUACAAGGAAGAUUACAAUAAAAACGUGAAGGGUCAGUGGUGCGAGACGCCAUACUUCGACGUGGCCACGGCCAGGGUGGCGAUGGAAAACUUCAGCAGUAAAAGAUACACGCAAAUGUACGAGGAUACGAAAGACCAAAUUUAUUUCAUGCAAACAGACACGCCCGUUUACGACACAAACAAGAAGGCUCGUAUCGCUAUCAGUGAGGUCCAAUACAAGAAGGAGUACGAGAAGAGGAAAGCGGAGUGUGACUACAACACGCUGCCCGCCACUGAGAAUCCUCUCCUCAGACAGCUCAGAUAUGCUGGCAAAAUCCUCAGUGAUAAAGUUUAUAAGGCCAACUAUGAGAAGUCCCGGGGUUCCAGCAUCAACUACUGCGACACGCCCAAGUUUCAGAUGGACUCCGUACUUAAACGCUUCACUGAUAGAUGUUACAAAGAAAAGUAUGAAAGUGACGUGAAGGGCCACUACAUCGGCAGCUAUGAAGAUGUCUUCACCGUUCACUGCCAGAAAGUUGAGGAAAUGAAGAAAGAGCAACUCUAUAAAGCUGAAUAUGAAGACAUCAAGACGAGAUGCUUCUUCCCUCAAACGGUUACGCCCGAGUAUGAAGUCGGGAAGAAGCUUCUUCAGUGUAGCGACAAAGUUUACCGGCAACAUCCAGACACGGUGAAAUUUACACAAGUGGUGGAUUCGCCAGUUCAGGUUCAAGCUGCCAUCAACGCCAAACAGCUGAGUGACUUGAACUACAAGGCAAAGUACGAGACCACAAAGUUCAAGAAUUGUCUCCCCCCAGACUAUCCCUUCUUCAUCCAGUCCAGAGUUAACGCUUUCAACCUCAGUGAUAACUGUUACAAGUAUGAUUGGGAGAAAGAUAAAGCCAAAAAGUUUGAGGUCAAGGGCGACGCUAUCCCGAUCCUCGCUGCCCGCGCUCACACGAACAUCGCCAGUGAUGUUAAAUAUAAGAAGGAGUACGAGAAGAACAAGGGACAGAUGGUUGGAGCCCUCAGCAUUAAUGACGACCCCAAGAUCUUGCACUCCGUUCACGUGGCCAAAAUCCAGAGUGACCUUUUGUACAAAAAGGACUAUGAAAAGAUCAAGACCAAGUACCACACACCGCUGGAUAUGAUGUCAGUCACCUUGGCCAAGAAGUCCCAGGGGAUCGCCAGCAUGUCCGGUUACAGGAAAAUCAGCACCAACUUCUUCCUCCCCCCCGACACCGUGCUGUUGGACCUGGCCAAGAAAAACAACAUCAUCCAGAGCGAUAAUGAGUACAAGGCCGACUACAACGCCUACACCAAGGGUACCCCGUGGAUCCCCUUCGGCUCCUUGGAAGUGGAAAAGAACAAGAAGGCUGCCGACAUCCUGAGUGAGAGAAAAUACAGACAACACCCGGACAAGAUCCCCUUCACCUCUAUCGACGACCACCCCGUCAUGAUGCAGGCCAAAGUCAACCAGCUGCAGAGGAGUGAUCUGUUCUACAAGCGAGGUCUGGAGGCAGUCCAUCAGAAGUACUCUCUGCCUCAUGACGUCCCCGAGUUCAUCCAGGCCAAGUGCAACGCCUACAACAUCAGCAACACCUGCUACAAGGCAGCCUGGCAGGAACUGAUCGCUAAAGGUUAUGACAUGAAGUCCGAUGCUAUCCCCAUCGUCGUUGCCAAAGCUGCCAGACACGCUGCCAGUAAUGUCCAGUAUAAGAAGGCGUACGAGAAGGCCAGAGGCCACCACGUCGGCUUCCGCAGCAUCAAGGACGAUCCUCUGCUGGUCCACUACAUGGAGGUGGCCAAGAUGCAGAGCGAAAAGAACUACAAGAAGGACUACCACAAGGCGAAGCUGAAGUAUCACUCCCCGGUGGACAUGGUGAGCUUGGUCCACGCCAAGCAGGCCUCAUCGGUGCAGACGAACACCGGCUACAAGCAGCACCACCACAAGUACUUCCUUCUGCCCGACGCCAUGAGUCUGCACCUCGCUCGCAACAUGAACUUCAAUGCCAGUGACGUUAACUACAAGCAGGAUUACGAGACCUCGUGCAAGGGAGUCGGCUGGGUUCCCAUCGGUUCCCUGGAGGUGGAAAGAGCCAAGGUAGCAGCAGCAGCUCUGAACGAGACAAAGUACCGCCAGCACCCUGAAACCCUCAAAUUCACCAGCACCUCUGACUCCAUGAGCAUGGAGCUGGCCAAGGCCAACGCCAAGAUCAUGAACGCGAAAGAGUAUAAGGCCAGUGGAGAGAAGUUCAUGCACACGUACCAUCUCCCCGCUGAUGUCCCUGAACUGAUGCAAGCCAGAUACAAUGCCGUCAACAUCAGCAAGAAUUACUACACCUACGCUCAUCGUCAAGAUCUGCUCAAAGGACAUCAUGUGAAGGAGGAUGCCAUUUCCAUCAUUGCAGCAAGAAGCUCCAGAGACAUCGCCAGUAAUUACAAGUAUAAACUGGCUUAUGAGAAGGCAAAGGGCCACCACGUUGGCCACCGCAGCAUCAAGGACGAUCCUCUGCUGGUCCACUACAUGGAGGUGGCCAAGAUGCAGAGCGAGAAGAACUACAAGAAGGACUACCACAAGGUGAAGCUGAAGUAUCACUCCCCGGUGGACAUGGUGAGCUUGGUCCACGCCAAGCAGGCCUCUGCUGCUCAAACUUUUGCUGGAUACAGGAAGAUCCCUCACAGCUACCUCCUUCUGCCUGACAACUUGCACCUGCAGCGGUGUCGCAAAAUGAUGGAGAUCCAGAGUGAUAAUGUCUACAAGUCAGAGUACAACAACUACAGUAAAGGUGUCGGCUGGGUCCCCAUCGGUUCUGUGGAUAUUGAGAAGGCUAAAGUUGCUAAAGCCGCGCUGGAAGAGCAUGGCUACCGCCAACAUCCCAGCACCUUCAAAUUCACAAGCAAGACUGACUCCAUGAACACAGUUCUGGCUAUGGCCAACUCAAAGAUAAUGGACAAUACUGCAUACAGGGCUUCUGGCGAGAAGUUCAAGCACACCUACCAUCUGCCAGCUGACUGCCCCGAGUUCCUUCAGGCUAAAUUCAACGCCCAGACCCUCAGCGAGAGUCACUACAAGCACAAGUGGCUGGAAGAUAUCGCCAAGGGAUACGACAUGAAGCCUGAUGCUAUUUCUGUCCUGCACGCCAAGCAUGGCAGACAUAUUGCCAGCAACAUCCAAUACAAGAAAGAGUAUGAGAAGGCCAGAGGCCACCACGUCGGCUUCCGCAGCAUCAAGGACGAUCCUCUGCUGGUCCACUACAUGGAGGUGGCCAAGAUGCAGAGCGAAAGGAACUACAAGAAGGACUACCACAAGGCCAAGCUGAAGUAUCACUCCCCGGUGGACAUGCUGAGCUUGAUCCAAGCCAAGCAGGCCUCUGCUGCUCAGACUUUCACUGGUUACAGGAAGAUCCCUCACAGCUACUUCCUUCUGCCUGACAACUUGCACGUGGAGCGGUGUCGCAAAAUGAACGUCCAGUGCAGCGAUUCUGACUACAAGUCUGAAUGGAACAACUAUAUCAGAGGUGUUGGAUGGGUCCCCAUUGGCUCGAUUGGAGUUGAGACCGCUAAACUUGGCAGUCAGAUUCAGAGCGACCAUGGGUACCGCACUCAUCCAUCCACCUUCAAGUUCAGCAAGCUGAUGGACUCUAUGGACUUAACUCUGGCUACCGCCAACAACAAGAUCAUGAACAAGAAAGCAUACACUGCAGCUUGGGAGAAGGACAAACUGACAGUCCACGUCAUGCCAGACGCUCCUGAGAUUGUCCUGGCCAAGGCUAACGCCAUCACCAUGAGCAACAAACUUUACAAAGCCGGUUUCGUGGAGAUGGCCAAUAAGGGCCACCACCUCAAAGAAGACGCCAUCUCAGUUCUGGCUGCCAAGUCUGGUACCGCCAUUGCCAGUGAUUACAAGUACAAGCUGGCGUACGAGAAGGCCAGAGGCCACCACGUCGGCUUCCGCAGCAUCAAGGACGACCCUCUGCUGGUCCACUACAUGGAGGUGGCCAAACUGCAGAGCGAGAAGAACUACAAGAAGGACUACCACAAGGCCAAGCUGAAGUAUCACUCCCCGGUGGACAUGGUGAGCUUGGUCCACGCCAAGCAGGCCUCUGCCGCUCAGACUUUUACUGGUUACAGGAAGAUCCCUCACAGCUACUUCCUUCUGCCUGACAACUUGCACGUGCAACGGUGUCGCAAGAUGAACCUCCAGUGCAGCGAUUCUGACUACAAGUCUGAAUGGAACAACUAUAUCAGAGGUGUUGGAUGGGUCCCCAUUGGCUCGAUUGGAGUUGAGACUGCUAAACUUGGCAGUCAGAUUCAGAGCGACCAUGGGUACCGCACUCAUCCAUCCACCUUCAAGUUCAAAAAGCUGAUGGACUCCAUGGACUUGACUCUGGCUACCGCCAACAACAAGAUCAUGAACAAGCAAGCAUACACUUCAGCUUGGGAGAAGGACAAACUGACAGUCCACGUCAUGCCAGACGCUCCUGAGAUUGUCCUGGCCAAGGCCAAUGCCCUCACCAUGAGCAACAAACUUUACAAAGCCGGCGUUGUGGCGAUGGCCAACAAGGGCUACAACCUCAAAGCUGACGCCAUCUCAAUUUUGGCCGCCAGGUCCGGUACCAACAUUGCCAGUAAUUACAAGUACAAGUUGGCUUACGAGAAGGCCAGAGGCCACCACGUCGGCUUCCGCAGCAUCAAGGACGACCCUCUGCUGGUCCACUACAUGGAGGUGGCCAAACUGCAGAGCGACAAGAACUACAAGAAGGACUGGAACAAGGCCAAGCUGAAGUAUCACUCCCCGGUGGACAUGCUGAGCGUGGUCCAAGCCAAGCAGGCCUCCGCUGCUCAGACGAUGACUGGAUACAGACACAUCCAGCACACUAACACUCUCCUCCCUGACGCCAUGAACCUGCAACUCGCUCGUAACAUGCAGUUCAUCAUCAGCGACAACCAGUACAAGAGUGACUAUGAGAGCUUCGGGAAGGGGAUAGGAUGGGUCCCGAUCGGAUCAUUGGAUGUUGAGAAAGCAAAAAUAGGCAGCCGGAUCCUCAGUGAGAGCCGAUACCGUCAACCUCCCACCAAAUUCAAAUUCACCAAAGACAUGCACUCCAUGGAUCUGACACUGGCCACUGCCAACAACCAGAUUAUGAAUAAGAAAGCCUACCUCAGUGCCUGGGAAAAGGACAAGACUUCCAUCCACAUCAUGCCCGAUGCGAUGGACAUUGUUCUUGCCAGAGGAAACAAGAAGAACGUCAGUGAGAAACUGUAUAAAUUGGACAACGAGCUGUCCAAGAAGAAGGGUCAUCAUGUUCGUGGUGACGCCAUCGCCGUCCUGGCUGCCAAAGCCUCCACUGCUAUUGCUAGUGAUUACAAGUACCUCGCAGGAUACCGUAAGCAGGUCGGCCACCACAUCGGCGCUCGCAGCAUCCAGGACGACCCUCUGAUGGUGCUGGCUCUGAACUCAGCCAAGAUCGCCAGUGACGCCCUGUACAAGAAGGACUUCAACCAGUCCAAGACCAAGUUCCACCUGCCGGUGGACAUGAUGGCCUUUGAACUGGCCAAGAAGAACCAGAUCCAGGUCAACCACGCCAACUACAUCACUCGCCUCCACAACUGGACCUGUCUGCCAGACUCCACUGAUGUCCGCCAGGCCAGACAUGCAUAUGACAUACAGAGUGAUAAUAUUUACAAGGAGGAUCUGAAGAUGAUGCAGGGUGUCGGAUGGGUGCCUAUAGGUUCACUGGAUGUUGAGAAGGCGAAGAAAGCCGGUGAGGCCCUGAACGAGAGGAAGUAUCGUCAACCCCCAACCAACUUCAAAUUCAAAAUGACCACUGAAGACAUGCCCAUGGUGUUGGCUAAGGCCAACGCUCAGACGGUCAACAAGCAAGCUUACAUUCAAGCCUGGGAGAAAGACAAGACAACCAUCCAUAUAAUGCCUGAUGCUAUGGAUAUCCAGCUGGCCAAAGCAAACAAAUCCAACUACAGCUUGAAACUUUACAAGCAGGCAAAUGAAGACGCCAAGAAGAAGGGCUACGAUAUCCGCAAUGAUGCCAUUUCCAUUAAAGCAGCCAGGGCUGCCAGGGACAUUGCCAGUGAUUACAAGUACCUCGCAGGAUACCGUAAGCAGGUCGGCCACCACAUCGGCGCUCGCUGCGUCGAGGACGACCCUCUGCUUGUGCUGGCUCUGAACUCAGCCAAGAUCGCCAGUGACGCCCUGUACAAGAAGGACUUCAACAAGUCCAAGACCAAGUUCAACCUGCCGGUGGACAUGAUGGCCUUUGAACUGGCCAAGAAGAACCAGAUUCAGGUCAACCACGCCAACUACAUCACUCGCCUCCACAACUGGACUUGUCUGCCAGACUCCAAUGAUGUCGUCCUGGCGAGGAAAGCCUACGAUCUUCAGAGUGAUAAUAUUUACAAGGAGGAUCUGAAGAUGAUGCAGGGUGUCGGAUGGGUGCCUAUAGGUUCACUGGAUGUUGAGAAGGCGAAGAAAGCCGGUGAGGCCCUGAACGAGAGGAAGUAUCGUCAACCCCCAACCAACUUCAAAUUUAAAAUGACCACUGAAGACAUGCCCAUGGUGUUGGCUAAGGCCAACGCUCAGGUUAUGAACAAGAAAACUUACGUUGAAGCCUGGAACAAUGACAAGUCGAAGAUCCACAUCAUGCCUGACGCUAUGGAUGUUCUUCUCGCCAAAGCAAACAACUACAACUACAGCUUGAAAAAGUACAAGCAGGCAAAUGAAGACGCCAAGAAGAAGGGCUACGAUAUCCGCAAUGAUGCCAUUUCCAUUAAAGCAGCCAGGGCUGCCAGGGACAUUGCCAGUGAUUACAAGUACCUCGCAGGAUACCGUAAGCAGGUCGGCCACCACAUCGGCGCUCGCUGCGUCGAGGACGACCCUCUGCUCGUGCUGGCUCUGAACUCAGCCAAGAUCGCCAGUGACGCCCUGUACAAGAAGGACUUCAACAAGUCCAAGACCAAGUUCAACCUGCCGGUGGACAUGAUGGCCUUUGAACUGGCCAAGAAGAACCAGAUUCAGGUCAACCACGCCAACUACAUCACUCGCCUCCACAACUGGACUUGUCUGCCAGACUCCAAUGAUGUCGUCCUGGCGAGGAAAGCCUACGAUCUUCAGAGUGAUAAUAUUUACAAGGAGGAUCUGAAGAUGAUGCAGGGUGUCGGAUGGGUGCCUAUAGGUUCACUGGAUGUUGAGAAGGCGAAGAAAGCCGGUGAGGCCCUGAACGAGAGGAAGUAUCGUCAACCCCCAACCAACUUCAAAUUCAAAAUGACCACUGAAGACAUGCCCAUGGUGUUGGCUAAGGCCAACGCUCAGGUUAUGAACAAGAAAACAUACGUCGAAGCCUGGAACAAUGAGAAGUCGAAUAUCCACAUCAUGCCUGACGCUAUGGAUGUUCUUCUCGCCAAAGCAAACAACUACAACUACAGCUUGAAAAAGUACAAACAAGCUAAUGAAGACGCCAAGAAGAAGGGCUACGAUAUCCGCAAUGAUGCCAUUUCCAUUAAAGCAGCCAGGGCUGCCAGGGACAUCGCCAGUGAUUACAAGUACCUUGCAGGAUACCGUAAGCAGGUCGGCCAUCACAUCGGCGCUCGCUGCGUCCAGGACGACCCUCUGAUGGUGCUGGCUCUGAACUCAGCCAAGAUCGCCAGUGACGCCCUGUACAAGAAAGACUUCAACAAGUCCAAGACCAAGUUCAACCUGCCGGUGGACAUGAUGGCCUUUGUACUGGCCAAGAAGAACCAGAUCCAGGUCAACCACGCCAACUACAUCACUCGCCUCCACAACUGGACCUGUCUGCCAGACUCCACUGAUGUCGUCCAGGCGAGAAAAGCCUACGAUCUUCAGAGUGAUGCCGUCUACAAAGCUGACCUGAAGUGGCUCCAGGGCACGGGCUGGGUCCCAAUUGGCUCGAUUGACGUGGAAAAAGCCAAGAAGGCUGCAGAAGCCUUGAAUGAAAGGAAGUACCGCCAGCACCCCAGCACUUUUCCCUUCAAGAGCACCACGGAUGCCAUGAACCUCGUGCUUGCAAAGAAUAACGCUCAGACCAUGAACAGGGGUCUCUACGUCAAGGCAUGGGAGAAGGACAAGACCACGCUGCACAUCAACCCUGACACUCCUGAGAUCGUCCUCGCUCAGCAGAACGCUAUCAACAUGAGCAGGAAACUCUACAGACAAGGUUUUGAGGCCACCAUCAACAAAGGCUAUUACCUCCCUGGGGAUGCAAUCUCUGUCAAGGCUGCUAAGGCCUCCAGGGACAUCAUCAGUGACUACAAGUACAAGACAGGGUACCGUAAGCAGGUGGGCCACCACAUCGGAGCCCUCAGCGUCCAUGACGACCCUCUGAUCGUGCUGGCUAUGAACUCAGCCAAGAUCGCCAGUGAUAACCUGUACAAGAAGGACUUCAACCAGUCCAAGACCAAGUUCCACCUGCCGGUCGACAUGCUGAAUAUUGAACUGGCCAAGAGGUGCCAGAAACAAGUCAACGAUUUCAACUACAGAACUCAUCUGCACAAUUGGACCUGCCUGCCAGACUCCACCGACGUGGUCCAGGCCAGAAAGGCCUACAAUCUUCAGAGUGAUGCUGUAUACAAAGCCGACAUGGAUGAGGUCGUGGGCGUAGGAUGGGUCCCCAUCGGUUCGAUUGAUGUGCUGAAGGCCAAGAAUGCUGGAAGAAUUCUCAGCGAACAUCUCUACAGGCUGAAACUAGACAAACAGAAGUUUACAACUGACAUGUCUUCUAUGCCCAUGGUCUUAGCCAAAGCAAAUGCUGAAAUCAUCAACAAGAAAAACUACAUUGCUGCUUGGGAGGCUGACAAGGUUAAGAACCAUGUAAUCCCUGAUUUACCUGAGAUUUUGCUCUCCAGAGCUAAUGCUUACAACAUCAGCAAGAAAAUAUACAGGGAAGAUGUUGAGAAGAUCUUCAGAAAGGGCUACGACAUGAAGGCCGAUGCUGUCUCUGUUGUUGCUGCCAAACGUGGAAGAGAAAUCAUCAGUGAUUACAAGUACAAGGCGGGAUACCGGAAGCAGGUGGGCCAUCACAUCGGAGCCCUCAGCAUCCAUGACGACCCUCUGAUCAUGCUGGCUCUGAACUCAGCCAAGAUUGCCAGUGAUAACCUGUACAAGAAGGACUUCAACAAGUCCAAGACCAAGUUCCACCUGCCGGUCGACAUGCUGAAUAUUGAACUGGCCAAGAGGUGCCAGAAACAAGUCAACGAUUUCAACUACAGAACUCACCUGCACCAGUGGACGUGUCUGCCAGACUCCACCGACGUGGUCCAGGCCAGGAAGGCCUACGAUCUGCAGAGCGAUGCUGUUUACAAGGCCGACAUGGAAUGGAUCAGGGGAACUGGUUGGGUGCCAAUAGGUUCAGUUGAUGUGGAGAAAGCCAAGAAAGCAGGAGAGAUCUUGAGUGAAUUUAAGUACCGUCAGCAUCCCUGGACCUUCAAAUUUACUGCCAAGACAAGUGACAUGCCAUACGCCCUGGCUCAGGCCAAUGCCCAAACCAUGGACAAGAAAGCAUAUACUUCUGCCUGGGAGAAGGAUAAGACCAUCCUUCAUGUCAUGGCGGACACCCCGGAGAUCGUCCUGGCCAAGCAGAAUAAAAUCAACACCAGUCUGAAACAAUAUCGUGAAGGCUACGUGGACGCCAUAAACAAAGGCUACUACCUUCCCAAAGAUGCAAUUUCUGUUUUAGCAGCCAAGGCCUCCCGAGACAUCGUCAGUGAUUACAAGUACAAGGCAGGUUUCCGCAAGCAAUGUGGCCAUCACAUCGGUGCGCUCAGUGUCAAGGACGACCCGCUGAUCAUGUUGGCCGCUAACGCAGCCAGGAUCUCCAGCGACAACAUCUACAAGAAGGACUUCGAAAAGACCAAGACCAAGUACAACCUGCCAGGGGACAUGCUGUCGAUUGAGCUCGCCAAGAGAUGCCAGCAGCAAGUGAACGACUUCAACUACAGAACUCAUCUGCACAACUGGACCUGCCUCCCGGACUCCACCGACGUGGUCCAGGCCAGAAAGGUCUACGACCUGCGAAGCGAUGCAGUGUACAAAGCUGACAUGGAGUGGCUGAGAGGAUGUGGCUGGUCACCACACGAAUCCGUGGACGUCGUCAAAGCUAGAAACGCCCAGGCUAUUUUCAACGAGAGGCGCUACCGCCAGCCCCCGAGCACGGUGAAGUUCACCAGUAUUGCCGACCUCCCGGAAAUAGUCCUGUCCAAGCAGAACGCCGACAACAUCAGUGAUAGGAAAUAUCGGGAAGUCUGGGAUAAAGACAAGCUCAGCAUUCACCUGCCAAAGGACAUCCCCGCCUGUGUGCUGUCCAAGGCCAAUGCUAUCAACAUCAGCAAUAAACUGUACACAAAGGCGUGGGAUGACCAGAAGGCCAAAGGCUACCAUAUCAAGGAGGACGCUAUCUCUGUGCUGAAGGCUAGAGCUUCCAGAGAUAUCGUUAGCGACUACAAGUACCUUGCAUCGUACCGUAAGCAGGUGGGUCACCACAUCGGUGCUCGCUGCGUCCAGGACGACCCUCUGAUCAUGCUGGCUCUGAAUUCAGCCAAGAUCGCCAGUGACGCCCUGUACAAGAAGGACUUCAACAAGUCCAAGACCAAGUUCAACCUGCCGGUCGACAUGCUGAAUAUUGAACUGGCCAAGAGGUGCCAGAUACAAGUCAACGAUUUCAACUACAGAACUCACCUGCACCAGUGGACGUGUCUGCCAGACUCCACCGACGUGGUCCAGGCCAGGAAGGCCUACGAUCUGCAGAGCGAUGCUGUGUACAAAGCUGAUAUGGAGUGGUUACGUGGAUGUGGAUGGAUGCCACAUGAGUGUGUGGAUGUUAUGAAGGUGAAGCAUGCACAGAAGGUCCUGGCUGAGAGAGGCUACCGCGUCAAGUUGGAUGAACAGAAAUUCAAAGUUCCAACUGACAGAGUUGACUUGGUCUGUGCCAAGAAUGCUGCUGAUGUCCUCAACGAGGCUAAAUAUCGUGCGACCUGGCACAAGGACAAGAUCAAGUACACGGUGACAGACACUCCAGUUCUGGCCACAGCCAGAGAGGUAGCCAAGAACAUCCACCCGAAACUAUACACCAAAGAUUGGGAUAAGGUCAAAGCUACGGGCUACUUCAUGCCUGGAGACGCCGUACCGAUCAAGCAGUGCAUCCAAAACAGUAAAGUGCAGAGUCAACAUAAGUACCUUGAGAGUUACCGUAAGCAGGUGGGCCACCACAUCGGAGCCCUCAGCGUCCAUGACGACCCUCUGAUCAUGCUGGCUCUGCACUCAGCCAAGAUCGCCAGUGACGCCCUGUACAAGAAGGACUUCAACCAGUCCAAGACCAAGUUCAACCUGCCGGUGGAUAUGCUGCAGUUUGAACUGGCCAAGAAGUGCCAGAGACAAGUGAACGAUGACCUUUACAGAACCCGCCUGCACCAGUGGACCUGUAUGCCAGACUCCAGCGACGUCAUCCAGGCCCGCAAAGCCUACGAGCUUCAGAGUGAUAAUAUUUAUAAGGCUGAUAUGGAAUGGCUCCGUGGCUGCGGCUGGGUGGCCAAUGAGUCUGUUGACCACGUCAAGGUCAGGAAGGCCCAGCAUAAUCUCAACGAGAGGCUCUACAAGAAAGGCGCCAAAGAACUCUUCGGAAAAUUCACCCUGAUCGUGGACCGCCCCGAGCUCAUCUUGGCGAGGAUGGCUGCCGCCAACCUCAGUGAUCUGAAGUACAAAGAGACCUUCAAUGCAGAGAAGGGUAUUUAUAUUGGUUCAGAAGACACUCCUCAACUGGCCCACAGCAGGGAGGUGUCCAAGAACAUCAGUGAGAAACUCUACAAACAACAAUGGGACACGUCUAAGGCUACAGGCUACAAGCUGGACCAUGAAUACAUCCCACUUCUCAGCGGCAAGAAGGGCAGAGAGAUCGCUAGUGAUGUCAAGUACCAUGAUACCCAUGAGAAGACCAAGGGUCACUACAUGGCCGCGACCCUGGUGGACUUCCCUGAGGUGAUGCGCUGUGGACACCAGGAGAAGAACAAGGGACUGAGGGUCUAUCACCAUGACUACAAUCAAAACAAGACCAAGACCCACCUCCCACCUGACAUCAUCGCCAACAAGGUUGCUAAGCGAUGCCAGGACAUGCUGAGCGACGUCCUCUACCGUACCUACCUGCACCAGUGGACCUGCCACCCUGAGCAGGAGGACCUCAUCCGGGCCCGCAAGACCAAUGAGAUUCUCAGUGAUGUGUUCUACAAGGAUGACCUGAACUGGAUGAAGGGUAUGGGCUGCUUCGUCUGGGACACACCGGAGAUCGUUCGCGCCAAGAAGUCCUACGAGCUGCAGAGCGAGCUUCAAUACAGACACGAUGCCAAGAAAGAUUUCAACCAAUACUCCAUUGUGACGGACACCCCGGCUUAUGUGACUGCUGUCCUGGGUCACACCUGGGCCAGUGAUCUCAACUAUAGGGAGGCUUAUCAUAAGGAGAAGCACCUGUACACCACCGUCCUGGAUACCUACGACUACGCCAAGUGCCACAACUUCAAGCACUACUUCAGCAAAAAAGAAUACAGUUCUGCCUGGGACAAAAUCAAAGCCAAGAGCUACCAGAUCCCACCCGACUCACACGCCCUGCAACACGCCAAACAGCAGAAGAUUAUCCUCAGCGGCGUGAAGUACAAGGAGGAUUACGAGAAGUUCAAAUCCCUCUACAGUCUGCCCAAGUCUCUGGAGGAAGAUCCCAACACCGCUCGCUGUGUCAGAGUUGGAAAGCUGGUCCUGGAUCGUCUGUACAAGGAGAACUAUGAGAAGACCAAGGCCAAGAACCACAUCCCACCAGACAUGCUGGAGAUCAUGUCCGCCCGCAACACCCAGUCCACCGUCAGCGGGAUCCACUACCGCAAGUUUCUGCACCAGUGGAUAUGUCUCCCCGACAUGCAGGUGUACACCCAGGCACGCAAGGUCAACGAGCAGCUCAGCGACAUCUUCUACAAGGAUGACCUGAACUGGCUGAGGGGUAUCGGCUGCUACGCCUGGGACACGCCGGAGAUCAUCCGCGUCAAACACGCUGGUGAUCUCCAGAGCGAGAACAAGUACAGAGCCAAAGGCAUCGAGUGUUUCAAGGAGUACUCGGUGGUGACGGACACUCCGGUGUACGAGACGGCCAAGCAGAACUCUCAGAACCUGAGUGAUCUGCACUAUCGCUACGAUUACAACGUCAACAUCAAGGGAACCAGCAGCGCUCCGGCUGUCACCAUUGACACAGAGCGGGCCCGCAUGGCUAACUACAUCCAGAGUAAUAACUGGUACCAGGAGGCCAACAAGAGCUCCAUGCCCACUGGUUACUCGCUGCCCCACGACACCCCGCUCAUCAAGCAGGCGAAGCUGAACAGCGUCGUCACCAGCGAUGUGAAGUACAAGGAAGCCUAUGAGAUGACAAAGGCGAAGGCCUACACUCUUCAUCCAGAGGGCGUCAGCUUCGUCAACUCAAGGAAGGCGAACAAGAUCACCAACAACCGUCUGUAUCGGGAGGACUACCACAAGACCAAGGACAAGAUCCACACAACCUACGACACCCCCGACAUCAAACAAGUCAAGAUGAACCAGGCUCACCUCAGCGACUUGUGCUACAGAGAGAAGUACUACAACAGCAGAGGCCAAAUGAUCCCUUUGGCCAUGACGCCCCAGCUGAUGCACUGCUUCCACGUCAACGAGAUCACCAGCGAGCUGAAAUACAAAGAGGAUCUGACGUGGCUGAGAGGCUUCGGCUGCUUCCUGUACGACACCCCGGAGAUGAUCCACGUCCGCAACAUCAACAAACAAAGAGUGACCUAUCCGGUGGAGGCUAAGAAGAACCUCGCCAACUUCUCCGUGGUUCUGGACACACCGGAGUAUAACCGUGUGACUGAGCUCAAGACCCACAUGAGCGGCCUGAUCUACAAAUCCCAGAGCAGGCAGGAGAUGGCGAAGGUCUCCAACACGGUGGAUUCUGUGGACAUCACCAGAUCCAAAUGGGCCCAGCAGCUGACUAACAAAUUCCAGUACACCAGCUUGGCCAAUAAGGAGAGAGCUCACUUCACUCAAGAGAUUGAAACUCCAACGAUGAGCCAUUCUAGAAGAAUGAAAGUCAUCUGCAGUGAUAACAAAUACAAAGACCAGUAUGAGAAGAUGAAGCACAGGUACACCGCCAUCGCUGACACACCUCUGCUGAUCCGUGCCAAGAAAUCCUACCUCCAGUCCAGUGAUCUGCGUUACAAAGAGACCUUUGAGCUCUCUAAGGGCCACUACCACACAGUCAAGGACGCUCUGGACAUCACCUACCACCGCAGGGUCACUGAUGACAUCAGCGAGGUUAAAUACAGGGAGAAGUACAUCAACUCUCUCGGGACGUGGAAGUCCAUCCCCGACCGUCCCGAGUUCUUCUUUAGCAGAAUUGCUGGCGAUAACAUCAGCACCGUGAAGUACAAGGAGGACCUGGAGUGGCUGAAGGGUAUCGGCUGCUUUGUGUGGGACACACCUGAGCUGGUGCAGGCUGAGAAGAACAAGACGCUGUACAGUGAGAGACUGUACAAAUCCUCCUUUGAGAAGAACAGAGGAAACUUCAAGUACACCGCCGACACGCCGUUCUUCCAGGCCGCCAAGUAUGCCUCCACCCUCAUCAACGAGGCGAGGUAUAAGUCCAGAGCAAAGGAUCUGCUAAAGAGCGGUUGCAAUGUGCUACACCGUCCCGACAUCCUCACAGCCCUUUACCAGUCCACCAUGAGCAGUAAGUGGAGGUACAGGGAGCAGUAUGAGAAAGCCAAAGACAAGUUCACCUCAGUCCUGGAGACGCCGGAGUACGAGGCCCACAGACGCAGCAAGAAAAUCGGCGAUAUCAUCUACAAGAUGGAGCACAACAAGACCAAGGCUAAGGGAUACACUUUGCCUUACGACACUCCACAUGGGCAGCACAUGAAGAGGGUCAAGGACAUCACCAGCAAUCUGAAGUACAGAGAAGUGUAUGAGAAGAGCAAAGCCCAGAUCAACAUGGACCCGGAGGCUCAUUCAAUCCGUGCUGCCAAGGAGGCCUACAAGAACAUCAGCAACCUUACCUACAGGAAGAAGUAUGAAGCCACCAAGAACAAGUGGAUCUGGACCUCAGACAGACCCGACUUUGUCACCGCUGCCAAGAACUCCCUGCAGCAGAGUGAUGUUGAGUACAAGUACGACAAAGAGAUGAUGAAGGGCUGCGUGAUGUCCGUAGUUGAUGAUAAGUUGACCCUGCUGGCGAUGAAAAAUAACAUAAUGGCCAGCGAGGUGAAGUACAAAGAGAAGUAUGAGAAGGCAAAGGGCCACUACAUGCCCGUCAGUGACACUCCUCAAAUCCUGCAUGCCCAGGCCGUGCGCACUCUGGUGUCAGAGAGCAAAUACAAGGCGGCCAGUAAGAAGGACAUGCAGUCGGGCUCGUUCACCACCCUGCCCGAGACGCGUGACACCGCCCACAGCAAGGAGUGCAACAAGCUCGUCAGCGGGAAAUUGUACAAAGCGAAGUUUGAGAAGGAAAAGGGCAAGUCGAUAUAUAACCACAUGAUUACUCCACCUGAUGUUCAGCACGCCAUGGGAGUGGCCAAGAAUCAGAGCAACGUUGCCUACAAGAAGGACGCCAAAGCCAACCUCCACUACACUUCUGUAGUCGACCGUCCCGACAUUAAGAAGGCUACCCAGGCUGCCAAGCUCAUCAGUGAGAUCGGCUACCGUGAGAAGGCCCGCGAGGAGGCCAGCCGUGGAGGUUCUCUGAUCCACCGCCCGGACAUCCGUCUGGCCACCGAGGUGUCCAAGCUGAACAGCCAGGUGGAGGCCAAGCCCUCCCUCCAUGGAGCAUCUUCCUAUGAUACCCUCCAGAUGCGCCACAUUAAGAAAAUGAGUGCCGUGACUAGUGAUCUGAAGUACAAGGAGAAGUUUGACAAGGAGAUGAAGGGAAAGAAACCACAGUAUGACCUGAAGACCAGUAAGAUUUACCAGACGUUGAAGGACGCCAAUGUGUUGGCUAGCGAGGUUAAGUACAAGGGAGACCUGAAGAAGCUCCACAAGCCUGUGACUGACAUGGCGGAGUCUCUGUCCAUGCAGCACAGCCUGAGCACCAGCAGACUGUCCAGCAGCUACUGCUACAAGAAGAAAUUUGAGGAGAGUAAAGGUCACUACCUUAUGAUUCCCGACACACCAGAACAGCUCCAUCACAAGGAGGCCUCUGAACUUCAGAGCAACGUGAAGUACAAGGAGAAGUAUGAGAAGGAGAAGGGUAAAGCCAUGCUGGACUUCGAGACACCCACGUAUGUGACGAAUAAGGAGGCCCAGCACAUGCAGAGCCAGAAAGACUAUAAGAAGGACUUUGAGGAUCACAUGAGGGGCAAGAACCUCUCAGGCUUGGAGGUCACCCCCGCCAUGUUACAUGUCAGACACGCCACCAAAAUAGCCAGUGAGAGAGAGUACAGGAGGGAUCUAGAGGAGGGAGUGAAGGGUAAAGGGCUAACUACACUGGAGGAAACUCCGGAGCUUUUGAGAGCAAAGAAUGCCACUCAUAUCCUGUGUGAGAGAGAGUACAAGAAGGCGCUGGAGCUGGAGAUCAAGGGAAAGGGCAUGAUGGCUUUGGCUAACGACACCCCCGACUUCAUGAGGGCGAGGAACGCUACCGACAUCCUCAGUCAGACUAAGUACAAGCACACUGCUGAGAUGGACCGGGCCAGCUACACGAGCGUCAUCGACACCCCAGACAUCCUCCACGCUCAGCAGAUGAGGAACAUCAUCAGCCAGAAAAAGUACAGAGAGGAGGCAGAGAAGACCAUGUCUCACUUUGUGCCCGUCUUUGACACUCCGGAGAUGCAGAGAGUCCGUGAGAACCAGAAGAACUUCAGCACCCAUCAAUACCAGAUUGACCAUAAAAACAUAAUGGGCAAAGUGUCUACUAUAAAGGACACUCCUGAAAUGCUUCGUGUUAAAGAGAAUACAAAGAAUUUCAGCUUGAUUCAGUACAAAGACGAUUUGGGUGGAGGAACCGCUUUGCCCGAGACCCCCGAGACGGAGAGAGUAAAACGCAACCAGCGGAACAUUAGCACGAUUCAGUACAAGGAUUCUGUGGGUCAAGGCACAUCCAUACCAGAUCUCCCUGAGGUGAAGCGGGUCCGAGAAACCCAGAAGAAUAUCAGCUUGAUUCAGUACAAGGAUUCUGUGGGUCAAGGCACAUCCAUACCAGAUCUCCCUGAGGUGAAGCGGGUCCGAGAAACCCAGAAGAAUAUCAGCUUGAUUCAGUACAAGGAUUCUGUGGGUCAAGGCACAUCCAUACCAGAUCUCCCUGAGGUGAAGCGGGUCCGAGAAACCCAGAAGAAUAUCAGCUUGAUUCAGUACAAGGACUCUGUGGGUCAAGGCACAUCCAUACCAGAUCUCCCUGAGGUGAAGCGGGUCCGAGAAACCCAGAAGAAUAUCAGCUUGAUUCAAUACAAAGAAGGAGUGGGACAAGGCACAUCAGUAUCAGAGACCCCAGAGAUGGAGAGAGUCAAACGCAAUCAGCACAACAUUAGCACGAUUCAGUACAAGGAUUCUGUGGGUCAAGGCACAUCCAUACCAGAUCUCCCUGAGGUGAAGCGGGUCCGAGAAACCCAGAAGAAUAUCAGCUUGAUUCAAUACAAAGAAGGAGUGGAACAAGGCACAUCAGUGUCAGAGACCCCAGAGAUGGAGAGAGUCAAACGCAAUCAGCUCAACAUUAGCACGAUAAAAUACAAGGACUCUCUGGGUCGAGGAACGGCUAUAUCGGACCUCCCCGAGGUGAAGCGGGUCAAACAGACCCAGAAGAACAUCAGCUCGGUGUUGUAUAAAGACAGCUCAGCCAAAGGGACUCCUGUGACGUUUACCCCUGAGAUGGAGCGGGUCAAACGGAACCAAGAAAACAUUAGCUCGGUGCUGUACUCGGACAGUUUCCGUAAGCAGGUCCAGGGCAAGGCCGCCUUCGUUCUGGACACGCCUGAGAUGAGGCGCGUCAGGGAGACCCAGCGCAUCAUUUCUGGAGUGAGAUACCACGAGGACUUUGAGAAGAGCAAGGGCAGCUUCACUCCCACCGCCACCGACCCGGUGACGGAGCGCGUGAAGAAGAACACCCAGGACUUCAGCGACAUCAACUACCGCGGCAUCCAGAGGCGCGUGGUGGAGAUGGAGAGGAGGCGUGCCAUCGAGCACGACCAGGAGACCAUCACUGAUCUGCGUGUGUGGCGCACGAACCCCGGCUCUGUGUUCGACUACGACCCGGCUGAGGACAACAUCCAGUCCAGGAGUCUUCACAUGAUGUCAGUUCAAGCUCAGCGUCGCAGCAAGGAGCACUCCCGCUCCACCAGCGCGUUGAGCGGCGGCGCUGACGAGAAGUCUGAGGUGUCCCAGGACGCCGACCACCACAUGUCCCUCUACAGCAACGGCUUCAUGGCCUCCUCUACCGGUUACCAGCAUGCUAAGACUGUGGAGGUGCAGCAGAGGUCCUCUUCAGUGGCCACCCAGCAGACCACCGUCUCCUCCGUCCCCUCUCACCCCUCUACCACCGGGAAAACCGUGCGCGCCAUGUACGACUACUCUGCAGCAGACAACGACGAGGUGUCCUUCAAGGACGCCGACGUCAUCGUCAACGUGCAGGCCAUCGACGAGGGCUGGAUGUACGGCACCGUGCAGCGCACCGGCAAGACCGGCAUGCUGCCGGCCAACUACGUGGAAGCAGUUUAAAAGACGAAAAAGCCCGCCCAUCGUCCCUCCAGAGUGGGCGCGACGCAUCCGCAGGGCCCACUUCCUGUGAUCACAACCGUGGCUUUAGUGCAAUGUGUAGUUUUCUUGUAGCUCUGUGACUGUAUUUUAAUUGUGUUGUGAUUCAUACGCUGCUGACCCCGUUGCUCUGUGGAUGUGACUGAUUAUACAUACUAUGACUGUUUUAGAUUGUUUGACACUCUCUUGGAAAAACUCACUAACAAUAAUACGCUAUGUGUAUAUUUAAAAACAAAAAAGUUUUUUUCUCAAAUAGUUCCAAUUAUGCCUUUAAUGGAAAUGCUACAGAGAGAAAAAUAAAUGACUAAUGAAGAACUAAUGAAACUAAUAAGGAGUCCGUCUCCUUCACGAUGAAACCGCUCCUGAAGAGUUGUACGAGACGAGCCUCAGUCUUCCCUCCUUUACACUGAAGGCUGCCCACUGGUAGAAUAAGUGUGUUUUGUUUCUUCCGAUUAUUAUUAUCAGUAGCUAAUAAAGCACACCGAGCUCCUGCAGCA